AUGUCGGUGGCUAUGGAUCGAGCCUUAAUGGCUCUGUCUUUGGACGAGGAUGACAAACCUUUCGAGAUGCCGGACCAACCGGGUUUCUGUUCGAAUGAAAAGAAUCUUCUAAGCAUUGUGGGUAGAGUUCUGAACCCAGAAUGUCAGAGAAUGUCUUCCUUAAUCUGGAGGAUGCCUAGGAAGUGGCAAAAGGAAGGCAGGUGUAGGGGAGUUGCUCUCUCGGAGGAACGUUUUCAGUUCUUCUUUGACUCGGAGCAUGACUUGGUGGAUGUGCUGGAGAAAGGCGUUCAUACUUUUAAUGAGUGGGUCAUUGUGAUUGCGCGUUGGGUUGAAGAACCGCCUGAUGACUAUCUUCAGUUUAUUCCUCUCUGGGUACAAAUCAGCCAAAUCCCCAUAAACUACUAUACGGAGGAGGCGCUAAUGGCGUUGGCUGAUAUGAUUGGUGAAGUUAAGGUGUUGGUUUUUGACCCCUCGAAACCACAGUCUCAACCUUUUAUUCGUGCUCAGGUAAGGUUUAAUGUGGCGAAUCCCCUCAGACCGGCGAAGGUGGUGACAGCUAAAGGAGGUAAAUCGUGGACCAUCAAGUUCGACUAUGAAAGAAUCCAGAAGCGUUGCUUUACCUGUCAAAGAUUGAAUCAUGAGCAGAGGAUCUGUCCUCUCGAAGUGAAGAAGCGUAAAGAGGUGGCUUUGGCGCGGCGUCAAGCAAUAGAGAAAGAACUUGAGCACAGAUCAGUGGUACUGAGUGAAGGUGAUCCUCUCUUUGGAGUUCUUAGAGAAGACCAAGUGGGGAUUAACCUCUCUACUGGCAGACCGAAGAUCGCUAAGGAGGUGAUGGAUGAGAUGAGGCAGUACCUGAGUUUAUCAACUGCUGAAGACAGAGUUAUCAGAGAAGAGAGAGUCAGAAAAUCUGUUGCUGAAGUGGAACAAGUCCCUAUGAUGCAGAAAAUGUUUCUGAGACUGGAAGCUCCUCCUACUAUCUCAAGAGACUUAAACAAAGGAAAGGGACAUGUCUUCAACUACGAAGAAGAACGCUUGAGUAGAGGUAAAGGAAGCUCUGUGUCUCCUAACUCUGAAAAAUUAAUGGCAUCGGCUAUUGGUGCUGGAAUGGCGAUGAGGCUGGGUCCUCCUCUGGAUGCGCAUUCGGGGAGCGAGGAUGUGAGACUUGGGGUUAACUUUCUGCCCCUUUCUGAAGGUUCUACGGUGUUUAGCUCGGGUUUUUCGGAACAUGUUGCUUCGUCCGGAACUCUAAAGAAAGUCUAUAAAAGAAACCGUCCUCCAAAAUCUAAAAGGAAGCAGAGGAAGUUGGUGGUUCUGGAUGCUGACAAGGGAGCGGGUAAACAAAUCAUGAGUGGUCUGAAGAGAAAGGUAGAGACUGAAGAUGGGGAACUUCCAGUCUUGGCGAGGUCAAAAUCCCUGAAGGUGGUCCCAAAGGAGGGACCGUCCAAUCUUUAA